AUCUAUAAAUAAACGUUAUGAAUGAGUGUAAUAUGACCAUAUAUGAAGAAAGCGUAAUCAAAUAACGUGCGAGGGGUACCGAAUGGAGAAACAAGAAAAAAACAUCGUUGGAAUAAUCUCCCCUUUUGAUUGCACACGAGCUUUCAAACGGUUGAGAUCCGGUGCCCAAGACAGGAGAAAAGUGAACCGUAUUGCUGGGGACUCCAAUGCUCAUCGGAUUAAGGAUAUUCUUCCUGAUGAUAUAGCUGUCAAAUGCCUGCCAAUCUCUGAUGAGAAUAUGUAAUGACAAUGGUAUAGAACAGUAAUUACAGUUUCAGGUUUGUUUCUAUUAAUGGUAUCACAUGUACACAUUUUUCUAAACGUUAAAACGAAAUGAUUAAUGAAAUAAACAAAAGGUUACCGUUUAAACGAUAUCCAAAUGUCAGUUAUAAAAGCGUCAUUGACAUCGCAUUUCCAAACUGAAAGUAAUGAUUAUUUCCAGAAGUUAUAUUCAGAUCAUAACCCAUUUGGGCAAUGACGUCAUAUUAAAACCAACUGUUCUUGCCGUUGUUGAGUCAUUGGGUACACAUUUUCUACUUACAUGCCGUAGUAUUUUAUAACAAAGACAAAUAAAUAUUGAUCCCACAUUUCUUCAAUAAGACUACACCUGUGUAAAUUUUUUAUUGUUUUCUACCUAACAAGAUGUACAUAAAAACGAGUAUCUGUUUAUUAAAUUAAAAAUGAAUGCGGAUGAAUAAAUGUCAGAAAAAAUUUCCUCAUGCACGUUGUGCUGACGCGCGUCAAAUGUUCAAGACAAUUCGGGGAAUGAUCAUGCAACAAAUAGCUGGAAAAUUUUCCCGAGCACUUUGUGCCGACGUGUGUCAAAUAUUCAAGCCGUCUAGGUCGUACAUGGUGUUUUGUUAUGUUUACGCUGUUGUGAAUAAGGGCCAUCUGGCACACAUGAUACAAAUGAAUACCAGUCUUUUUUUAACAGCUUUUAAUAAGUUUUGCAACAUUGUAACGUAAUGAACUAAAAUGGAUUAUGUUGAUAUCAACAGUCGUUUAAAUGUUUACUGUUUUUGUAAACAUUUUUGAGAAAACACGAAAUGCCACCAUUUAAACGUGAUACUCAUAGUUUCUAUAAAUGAUGUAAUUAUUUCAUUUCUUUAUACUUAAACAGUUCAAAUGUCAAGUCCUAAGCUUCGUAUGAUUACAGUAUUUGUCAUCAAUAUAAAGUUAAACUUAUUAUGCUGAUGUGCAAUUAUUGGCAUCAUUGCGUUUUCUAACUAAUUUGCAUGGUUAUAUAUUUUAUUUAAGCGUGUGGAAUAUUUUACAGAUUGUAGGGAAUUGUAAUUGCAAACUUUUCAUUUUAAUCUUGAGGCAAAGCAUGAAUUUUCCUUGUGUAUUCAUUCAUGUAUAUUUGUGAUUUAUUUACACAGACAUUCGCCAACUCUGUUUUCAAAGGUGCCAAAUUUUCUUGUGAUCGUUUUCGCCAUGCAUUGUUGAGAGACUUGCGGAAGAUGGAUGUUCAACAGCUGUAUCUUCAUCUAGGUUCAAAUGACAUUCUUACGAAUGAAGCGGUGUUUUACCGAGAUGUAGCUGACUUGUGCGAUUUGGUGCAUCAGGAGGCGCACAAUCGGUGUCCAGAAUGCAGGGUUAUUUGCUCCAACGAAGACGCUUUGCUGAGCCACUUCUGCAGUCGCCACAUCAAGCAACCAGAGACUGGAAAAGAGAGUAAAAUUAAGCUGAUAGGCUCACCAAUGAUUGCAUCUGCUAAUAAUGAACUCAACGAAGUCAGCUCAAGGAAGUGGAAGGCAUGCUUGGAAAAUAGAAGUUUCCAUUAUGAAGGAACAUACAAACAUUUCCCACCCACCAUGUGGAUCAAGAUGUUUGGGCUGAUGAUUCUGGGUCGUAUGUGUGGACAAGGUGGUCUUCAUUACAUCAUGAUACAGCUGUGUAUUCAACAACAUGUUAACCUGUCCCAGCGGAUGUUGAUGCUCUUAAAUGAUGUUGAGAAAAAUCCAGGACCGAUUAGUUAUUAACAGAAGAACAGAACAGUAACAUACUUUUAUUACAUUAACAGAGGCUCUGAUUAGAUGUGUAUCUGCGUAAAGAACUCAUAGAAAAUAUCAAUAUAUAGAUAAAUAAAACAAAAAUAGAGUUAAACAAAUCAUGGUGAAAUCCACAAUACACACCAAGAGCUAUUAGUAGGCUUAUCUCCAUUGACUUAUUUCACAGUAAAUCUCUUUUUUUUGCCUUUUCAUUAACAUUUCAAUCAAAAAUAACAUUUGUGAAAAACUUAGUCAAUGAUUAUAACUAAAGUUAAAAAUGUGGACACUGUAAGUUAAUUGACUUUGGCUUCCAAUCUGCAGUUUACAAAGUUGCUUGUUAUAGGAGUAUUCGUGCAAAUGGAUAUCCUGCAAGGAAGACUUCCACUCCAUAGGACAGCAAGAUGCACAUAUCAUCUCUCAUGUGGUUCAAGAGAAAUGCUGUAGAUGGGGAGACUGUACCAAAGUCCUGAGCUUUAAUAGUCUUGAAAUCCAUGAACUUAAACAUCUCUAUGAUGUGAGUUUAGCACUGUGUAUGAACUGGUGUUGCUUCAUUUUCUGCAUAUCUUUAUCUCAGUCUUCUCUAGUUUUGAUGGUCAAAUACAUAUUGUCUGCCAGUUUUUUUCCCCCAAUACUGCCGUUCAUCGUUUGCUUGCAUCAAGAGUUUUAAAAGAAAUUAAAACUCAUUUGUUUAGUUAGAAUCUUAUGAAAGACUUAAAUGGCCAUGUUUAAUACAAUUGUAUAACAACAUAUACGAGCUAAAAAAAUAGUUGGAAUAAUUAAUGUAUAUAUGAACAUAACAAAUUUACUUAAAAUCAUAGGUCUUAUUUUUGUCUGCCACUAUAAGAACCAGAACAUAUUUCGGACAUUCGAGGAUUGACUUGCUGUGUUAGAGGAUCAUCAGGUGAUGGAAGAAACCAGGCUUAUUUCGACUCAAUGUUGAUGAAACCUGAUCGACAUGCUCAUCUUGGUUGAGUAAGCCUGGGUUGAGUGUGUCCAAAAAGUAGGUAACCUGGUGAAAUCUUAGGAAAACAUUGUAACCAGAUCCAGGUUUAUUUGACUGACAGACCGAUGGACAGUGGGUCAACCGUAAAUCCCUUCAUGUGAAAACGGUAGGGACAAAAUAAAUAUCACAUUGCUCUUCUGAGUUCAUUUGUAAACCAAGUUUUAUCACAAAAUUAAAAUGGUCAAUGUAUUAUUUUGUGUAUUUAAAAAUUAUGUGAAUAUUAAGUUUCAUGAAAUCUUACUGAGUUUUCUCAAUUUUAGCUACUAUUCGGACAUGGACUGACGGACAAAUGGGCAACAAUGUCGCAAUUUGUAUACCAAGUUUUAUAAGAAUUGUUUCAUAAAAGUAACCAAUGUGUCUGUUCUAUGUCAAGGUAACUACUAGGAUGAAAUACACAAAAAGAUUUUGGUUCACAAUAGGGUAGGCUCCGCGUGCCGUGAACCGGGCAACAGCUUUUGUCAUUUAACAUUUGUGUUUUAAUGGCAUAAGCUGGCAGAUACCCUUUAACUUUAACGAUGUUUUCCGAUAAUUUCUCGGAAAAUACAAUCUAGCAAUUUUGAUUUAAUUUAGAUUACUAAAAAUUAAUAUUAUAUUUAUGCCCCCCUUGGAAGAAGAGGGGUAUAUUGUUUUGCACAUGUCAGUUGGUUGGUCCACCAGAUGGUUUCCUGAUGAUAACUCAAGAACGCUUUGGCCUAGGAUCAUGAAACUUCAUAGGUUUAUUGAUCUCGAAAUAGUAAAAUGGUUUCCGGAUGAUAACUCAAGAACGCUUACGCCUAGGAUCAUGAAACUUCAUAGGUACAUUGAUGAUGACUCGCAGAUGACCUCUAUUGAUUUUCAGGUCACUAAGUCAAAAGUCAAGGUCACAGUGACUCGAAAUAGAAAAAUGGUUUCCGGAUGAUAACUCAUAAAUGCUUACGCCUAGGAUCAUAAAAUAAAAAAAUCAUAGGUACAUUGAUAAUGACUGGCAGAUGACCCCCUUCAUAGGUACAUUGAUAAUGACUGGCAGAAGACCCCUAUUGAUUUUCAGGUCACUAGGUCAAGGAUUAAGGUCAUAGUGACUCAAAACAGUUUAAUGGUUUCCUGUUGAUAGCUCAAGAAUACUUAGGUCUAUGAUCAUGAAACUUCUCAAGUACAUUGAUCAUGACUGGCAGAUGACCCCUAUUGAUUUUCAGGUCACUAGGUCAAAAGUCAAGUUCACAGUGACAAAAACGUAUUCACAAUGGCUGCCACUACAACUGACAGCCCAUAGGGGGGCAUGCAUGUUUUACAAACAGCCCUUGUUCUGUGUUAAAAUUAUGUACACGUCUGCGUUAAAUAAAUAUGUUCACAUUUGAAAUAAAGCUAAAAAUGUG